AUGAUUCCACCUGGGAUUGCUAAUGUAAACUUAUCCUCCAAGGUUUUUACCGGGAUUCCUGACUCCCUCAGCUUCAUUUCUUGCAUUUGUGAUUUAUAUUUUAAUGUCUCUGACGCUAGUGUUAUAGAUAUUCUUAAUAACUGUUAUUUUGAUACUUUAUCGAACUUUAUUGAUCAAAAUAAUCCUGAAAUCCCUUUAAUUAUCGGCUUUAAAGAUGAUUUGGAUAGUGAAAAUGCUCAUGAGUUUUCAAAUAGAGUUUUCGUUUCACACGGUGCGUUUGAAGGUGAUACAGAUUUAAACAAUUUUAUUGCUUUUUAUAAGUUGGUUAGUAGUGGUGAGGACACAAAUACUUUCAUAUUAUUGCCGGUAGUUUCUACUAAUGAAUUCCCAUUAAAUUUAACAGUUUGUGGGUACUUAAAAGGUUUACUGACGCUUGUUUGCACUUCUAACUCACUGGCUGGUAAUGUAAAUGAUGUUGGAAAUAAUAAAAUUAAACAUUUAUGUCAAAAUUUAAGACAAGUAUUGUGUUUAGAUGAGAGUUCAGAUGAUAGUUCAGAUGAUGAUUUAUGUACAGGUAGGCCAAAUUUUCCCUUGUGUAAAUCACUAAUUCUUUACAUUGACCCAGAUACUAAAACUUUAAAUGUUUAUGAGAUUGAUAUAAAGGAUGAAUUCGUAUUAGAAGAUAUAAAGUCAAAUGUUAGGGAGUGGUCGACUGAGAUAUUUCAAACAAUAAAAAAAUACUUGUCAAAGUUUUCUGAAGAUGACCAGGAUACUAGUACUGAUAGUUCAGAAUAUAUUUCUGAAUCUUCAAACACCACUUCUGGUUCCUCUGAAACCACAUCUAGUUCAUCGGAUACUACUGAUACGUCAUCGGAUACCAGUGAAACAUCUUCUGAUACUACGAAUAGUUCACAUAGAAGUGUGAUGAGUAAUUCACUCCUUACAUUGAAUACAUCCAAGAUGCAACGUUUAAAUACUGGACUGGUGAAUAAUAUAUAUGGAUAUGUCCAUGAAAUCUGCUCCAAUAGUAUUGAGUUGUCAGAAGAAAUUGACUUUUGGAACAAUUAUCAAGUUGAAAUAAAUGAAUUAAAAGCGAAAAUGGAAUCCCCUAAUUUUUUUAAUGCUUUGCUAUUGUUAGAAUAUAAUGGAAUCUCUGCAGAAAAUAUAUACUCAUUUUCGGAAUCUAAAGAGUUUGUAUCUAAAAUUGCUGAUGAAGUUAAGGAAAUUAACUCAUUUAUGUCAGAAUUGAAAGUUGAUGAGCUUGUUAAAUGUGACAAAUUAUCAAAUUUCUCUCUGCUAACUGAGAAGAUAUUUAACACUUUGAGAAAGUAUAAAAAUUCAAGGUAUAUGAAAAGUGAUAGAUUAUUGUUGUUGUUAAACUCAUUAGUUUUGAACGCAAUAAACUCAGUUAGUAGAAUAAUAUCAAUUGAGUUAAAUCAUACACAAAUGGAGGAAACCCAGAAGAUGUUAAUAAAGGCGUUCAGAAUUGUGUAUGAGUUAAAGAAUAAAACAAUUAACUUGGUAAAAUAUUUUGAAAAAAAUAAUCAAGUUUUAAGCUUAAGCAAUAAUAAUAUGAUAAUAAUAUUGGAUUUGUAUAAAGAUAUUUUACAAUCUGUUUGUAAAAUUAAUCACAAGUUUGUAGCUCUAAACGCUGAUAUGAGUGCUGUAAUCUCAGAGUUAUCUGGAUAUUUGGAUGAUGAUUCAAAUUUUAAUAACUCGCCAAAAAUAAUUACGGAAUUAAAUCAAAUAAAGUCUAGUGUAUCAAAAUCAUAUGGUUUGUUUGUUGAAAGUGUGAUACCGGGAUACAGUAACAUAAAUGAAGGUAUAGAAAAUAUACUGAAACUAGAUGAUGUAAUAUUCGAAACAAAAUAUAGAGUUGAUAACUAUAAAAAUGACUUUUUAAAGUGUAUAAACGAUUAUUUGGAUGGUCUGAACUUAUUUGAUGCAUUUCCAGUUAUUGAAGCAAUUAACGCGUUGGGCGGAUCGGAGACCAAGAACAUGAUUGUAUUUAAUGUCGAUGUGUAUGUAGAUCAAAUAACAGAUGAAUACGAUAAAAUUCUGCAUGAUAUUGAUGAUCAUUAUUAUGAAAGGUUUUUCAUACCAUUUCAGUAUAGUAAUAUUAAUUACAAAGAUAUGGUUAUACGAGAGAGGAUUAUGAACUUGGUACACAUUGUGGACUUUUUAAACACAAUAUCAUCAAAAUCAAUAUUAAGAACAACCAAAAAUAAUUUAAACGAACUACUAACAAGCCCAAAAUUGAAUUUUCAAGGCUUGGAAUUUAGCUGCUCUGAAGAACUUCUGGACCCGAGUCCAAAAUAUGACCAUAGUGAGAAAUAUGAAAGUUCAGAAUUAUCUGAUAAAUUUCUAAAUAUAAUUGGUAAGGAACCGGACUUUAAUCAACUAAAUAUGUCUUACUUGUUAAGAAUGUAUAACCUAAAAAGGGUGGAACUUCAGGGGUUUUUAGAGUUUGAAAAGAAUAACUACAAAAUCAGGUCAUAUUUCACAAAGUUAAAACAAGAUUGGUAUGACAUUACAAUUGAAUAUAAACAUAUUGUUAUUGUGUUUGACCAGACUAAUAUUUGUACUAUUGGUAAUAUUGAUUACAUAAAGAAGUAUAUUGAUGAUAACAUUACAAAGUUAUUAGUGACAAAAUCAUCAAAAUGCGAUUAUAAGGUUCAAAAUGACUGUGAUUUAUGGAUUAGUUAUAUUGAAAAAGCGAGGGAUUUUGUUGAUAAUUUUAACAAGUUUAGUGAUAAAUUCCUAAAAUUACUUAAUAUAGUUUCAUGCAAAUUCAUGGAUUUCAGAGAACAUGAUAGUGUUAUCUGUUCAUUGAGGGACGAUAUUAACAACUUAUCCAGAAUAAACAAAUUCAGAGAUAUUGAAGGGAGCCACAUAGUACUCUUUCAAUCUAUGAUUAAGAGGGUUGAUGAUAUAGAGAAAAUAACAAAGAAGCGCUUAAAUGAUAUCAGGUAUAAAUGCCCUAGGCUUUACUUUAUUAACGAUGCUGAUUUGAUUGAGUUGGUUGGAGGUGCUAAUAUAGAUUUGUUUUUGUCAAAGAUAUUUCCAGGCAUUUCAAAAGUUAUAAAUAAUGAGAAUGUUGUCUCAGGAAUACAGUCCACACAAGGAGAAAUUGUUACUUUUGAUAACAACAUUGAUUAUUGUGCUGGAGAUAAUAUUAAAUUUAUUAAUGACUUGGAUUCAUUACUAAAAUCCACCAUAAAAAAUUUAUUUGCUGUAGGAUUUGAUGAGUUAAAACCGUACUAUUCUGGUUUUAAUUUUGAUGAUGCAUUUUUCUCAAAGUGGACUGCAAAAUAUCCCAUACAAAUAUUAACUUUGGCACUGUCCAUAUGCUGGACGGACUCGGUUGAAUCGUUUAAAUCAUCAAAAGAAAUAUCAAAUUUUCUAUCUAAAAUGAUAAAUUUCAUAGUUUCAAAUACAACCGAUUUGUUUGAUAAUUUAAAGUAUUAUCAAUUGUUUCUUCUAUUAAACUACCAAGUUACCAAAACUGGGGAGACCCAGAUAAAUGAAUCAAAACUGUGCUGGUUAAAAUGUGUGAGAUAUUACCACUAUAACGAUGUUGUUACUCUAAAAAUCAUGUAUAAAGAAUAUAACUAUAGUUUCAAUUAUCUGUUUAAUUGUCAAAAAAUGAUAACCACUGACGUUACUGAGCACUUUUACUCGAUAGCAUCAUUGAGCCUAAGUUGUAAUUUAUUACCUAGUGCUCAAGGCCCAGCAGGUAGUGGAAAGACUGAGACGAUUAAAUCGUUAUCAUACAUAGCAGGUUCAAACGUGAUGGUUUUCAAUUUAAGUGAGUUGUAUGAAGUUGAGGACAUGGAGAAAAUUUUAUCUGGCCUGUAUCAACUGGGAUUUUGGGGUAUAUUUGAUGAGUUUAAUAGACUAAGCGAGUGUGUGUUAUCAUCAAUAACUGAAAAAUUAUCAAGCAAAAACGUAAUAUUAUUGGAUAGAAAUAUAAAAGUUAAUGAUAACAAUGCAAUUUUUAUUACUAUGAACCCUGGAUAUUCAGGAAGGAAUGAACUACCACCAAACUGCUUAAACAUUUGUCAGCAGUUUUUCAUGGAAAAAAUUGAUUUGCAUUCAAUAUUAACAAUAAAUUUGAUGAUUUUUAGAUUUAAAUCUUCAUCAAAACUUUCAGAUAGAAUUAUCUUUAUCUUGGACUCACUUGGUUUAGUAUUCACCUCAGUCAAGUUUGAUUUUGGGCUUAGAUUUGUCAAGAGUUUGUUUAAUAUUAUAAAAAAUUUGAUAACAACAUCAAUCAAGUGGGUUAAUGAAUACGAUAUAUUUCUUCAAUCAUUAAACAGGCUGUUAUUACCAAGAUUGACAGAUGACGAAAUUGAGCUAUCCAAACACUUUAUAAAAAACAAUACUGCGUUAAAGUAUUCUGAUGAUGAACUAGAGUUCGUUGCAUUGUUGAAAAGAUUAAAUAUUGAUGAUAAUAUUUUAAAUAAAUCAUUUGAAAUAUAUCAAAUGUCAAAGAUAUCAAGUUUAGUGAUAUUAUUUGGUGAAUCGGGUUCAGGAAAAUCAUUAGCAUUUAAUAAAUUUAUUGAAUCUAUCAAGUAUACUAAAGGGGUUGAAGUUGUACGGUUUGAUCCCAACUCCUUAGAUACUUCCGAACUUUAUGGUUAUGUAGUUGGAGAUGAUUGGGUUGAGGGUUUGAUUCCCAAAAUAUUAAAAUCGAAUACUAGUAAGGAUAUGUAUAUAGUAUUUGACGGUGAUUUGAAACAAGAGUGGGUUGAAAAUUUGAAUAGUCUGUUAGAUGAUAAUAGAAUACUGACAUUAUCUAACGGAGAUAGAAUAACUCUUCGGGAUAAUGUGAGAAUAUUUCUUGAAACUGACUCAUUAAAAGAUAUAACCCCCGCCACCAUAUCGAGAAGUACAAUUGUGUAUUUUUAUAAGAAAAUAAAUGGAUAUACGUUAAUGGCUAGUGAUAUUCAAUUAGAUUCACUUAUUAGUGAAUCCGAAUCAUUCAUGAUACAAUGUAAUGAUUCAUGCGGUUUAGCAUCAUUGUUUAAGAAAAUUCCAGAACAAUAUAUCAUUAAAACGAUAUAUUUAUCAAAAGGAUUAGGUUCUAGCGAUAUAAUUAAUUAUUUGUAUUCAGUAAUGGGUGAGAAUGUCCAGAAAAAUUUUAUGGGAGAUAAAUUAAAAAGGACAAUAAUAUUAGUUAAGGAAAUUGAGAUUUUAAAUGAUACAAGUCAAUGGAGUUCACUAUGUUCGAUAUUUAGGCAAAUGAUCAUUUACAAGUUCUUUUACAGGUAUUGCACUGAAGAGGUAGAAUGGGUUAAAGUUCACUUAGAUGGGAUAGUUUUUGUAUUCUUGCAUACACAUGAAAGUGAGAAGAAGUGUAGACUUUUGUCAAUGUUAAAAGAGAUUGUGUUUAAAGAGAGUAAUAUUGAAUUUGAUGAAUUUUCUCAACUUAGAACAUUUAUAAAUAAUAAAUGUGGAAAAGAUAUGAGUUAUCAUGACUUAACAAUCAUUAAGUCAUUAUUAACAAGGAAAUACGGAGGCUGGCUAAUCCUAAAGCAUUUGCAAAGUAGAUUUAAUGACAACUCACCAGAACUUAUAGAACAAGUAAGAAGUAUCUCUGAAAUUGACAUAGAUUGUGAACUUAAAAACAACAAUGUUAUAAAUUGCAGAUCAGUUGAAGAUACAUACAACUUUAUCUACUUUACAUUAAUGUAUAAUGAAUCGUUUUUGUAUAUUUCUGGACGAAGUGUAUCAGGUAAAUCAUUUUUAUCAAGAAUUGCGACUAAAAAUUUGGGGUUUGAGUUUAUAGAAGCACAUAACAAAUCAAAAGAAGAUAUUGUUUCAACAAUCUUAGCAUGUGGAAUACAGGAUAAAAUAUAUACAAUAUUCAUUAGCUUUGACCUUGUAGUGGAUUUGAAGGGAUUUUUAUGA